UUUCUCAGUUUUUGUUGCCUAGGUCCGUAGAACAGCAUAGAAGCUUUUGGGCAAUUGUAACCCCAAAUAAGAAAGUCAUAGAGAAGAGUACAGCUAACAAAAAUGGCUGCAGUGGACAAAGAUGUGGCUGAAAAGUUUUUGGACAGUAAUCCAGCAUUUGCCAAGCAGUACUAUGACUCCAGGUUCCGGGCCAAAGUCAUCUCUGACCUGCUGGCGACCACCAAGAAGACAGAAGUAGAUAUCAGCUUUUACCAUGGCCUGAGCUCUGCUGAGGAGUGUGAGAUCAUUUUUGAUAUGGUGCGGGACAUGCAAGAAAAUUUGCAUAUGGAGAGGGCAAUGUUCAACCUUAUGCGCCAUCUCACUUUCAUGAUGCAAGCAGACCGAAUGAGCCUCUUCAUGUAUCGUCAGAGGAACGGUAUAGCUGAACUGGCAACACGCCUUUUCAAUGUCCAUAAAGAUGCCACACUGGAGGAGUGUUUGGUGCAACCAGACAGUGAGAUUGUGUAUCCACUGGACACAGGCAUUGUGGGGCAUGUGGCUACCGUUAAGAAAACCGUCAAUGUACCUGAUGUCACACAGGAUAGCCACUUCAGUGACUUUGUGGACACCAUCACAGAAUACAAGACCAAGAAUGUGCUUGCAACCCCCAUCAUGAACGGCAAGGACAUGGUGGCUGUCAUGAUGGCAGUCAACAAGAUUGGUGGUCCCUAUUUUACUGCUCUAGAUGAAGAGAUGCUGAAGAAAUAUCUAAACUUUGCUAAUCUUGUGCUGCGAGUAUUUCACCUGAGCUACCUGCACAACUGUGAAACCAGACGAGGACAGGUGUUGCUGUGGUCUGCCAGCAAAGUUUUUGAGGAGCUGACUGACAUUGAGAGACAGUUUCACAAGGCCCUCUAUACAGUCCGAGCCUUCCUCAACUGUGACCGCUACUCUGUGGGCCUCCUCGACAUGACCAAAACUAAAGAGUUUUUUGACCUUUGGCCUGUAUUAAUGGGAGAGGUGCCCCCAUAUAGUGGACCAAAGACCCCUGAUGGCAGAGAAGUAAUUUUCUACAAAGUGAUUGAUUACAUAUUGCACGGAAAGGAGGACAUCAAAGUUAUACCUAAUCCUGCUGCUGACCACUGGGCAUUAGUAAGUGGGCUUCCCACCUACGUUGCAGAGAACGGCCUGAUCUGUAACAUCAUGAACGCGGCUGAAGAUGAAUUCUUUAACUUUCAAAAAGAACCUCUGGAUGAAUCUGGAUGGACCAUCAAGAAUGUUCUCUCAUUGCCCAUCGUGAACAAGAAAGAGGAAAUCGUUGGUGUGGCCACAUUCUAUAAUAGGAAAGAUGGAAAGCCUUUUGAUGAAAUGGACGAAACACUAAUGGAGUCACUCACUCAGUUCCUGGGUUGGUCAGUGCUAAAUACAGACACCUACGACAAGAUGAACAAGCUGGAGAAUCGCAAGGACAUCUUUCAGGACAUGGUCAUGUACCAUGUCAAGUGCAGGAAGGAUGAAAUUCAGAAUAUCUUGAACACACGUGAGGUGUAUGGAAAAGAACCUGACGAAUGCGACGAGGAUGAGCUGGAGGAUAUUCUGUAUGAGCAGCUGCCUGACUCAGAAGAAUCCGAGAUCUUUGAGUUUCACUUCUGUGAUUUUGAGUUCUCUGAGCUGGAUCUAGUGAAGUGUGGCAUUAAGAUGUACUAUGAGCUGGGUGUGGUGGACAAGUUCCAUAUUCCACGUGAGGCCCUGGUGCGGUUUGUGUACUCGGUCAGUAAAGGUUACAGGAAAAUCACCUACCACAACUGGAGGCAUGGUUUUAACGUGGGCCAGACCAUGUUUACACUGCUCAUGACAGGUAAUCUGAAGCGCUACUAUACGGAUCUGGAGGCAAUGGCUAUGUUGACUGCUGGACUCUGUCAUGACAUUGAUCACCGUGGUACUAACAACCUCUAUCAGAUGAAGUCUGGGAAUCCACUGGCAAAGCUGCAUGGUUCCUCCAUCCUUGAGAGGCACCAUCUGGAGUUUGGAAAAACUCUGCUCAGAGAUGACGCCUUAAAUAUCUAUCAGAAUCUUAACCGACGACAGCAUGAAAAUGUCAUCCAUUUGAUGGACAUUGCUAUUAUUGCAACAGACCUGGCCUUGUAUUUCAAGAAAAGGACAAUGUUUCAAAAGAUCGUGGAUCAAUCUAAGACCUAUGAGAACUGGGAAGACUGGACGAAAUACAUGAUGUAUGAAACAACUCGGAAAGAAAUUGUAAUGGCUAUGAUGAUGACUGCCUGUGAUUUGUCUGCCAUUGCAAAGCCAUGGGAGAUUCAGAGCAAGGUGGCACUGUCGGUGGCAGCAGAAUUCUGGGAACAGGGUGAUCUGGAGAGAACAGUGUUGGAGCAGCAGCCCAUUCCCAUGAUGGACCGGAACAAAGCAGACGAACUUCCCAAACUGCAGUGUGGUUUUAUUGAUUUCGUCUGUUCUUUUGUGUACAAGGAGUUCUCUCGCUUCCACGUGGAGAUCACACCCAUGUUAGAGCGUCUUCUGAACAACAGGAAGGAGUGGAACGCUCUCAAGGAAGUAUAUGAAGCCAAGAUCGCCAAACUUGAAGAGGCCAAGAAAGCUAAAGAGGAAGCUGCAGCCACCACCAAACAAGGAAAUGCGGCCCAGAGCACACCUCAGUCCAAGACCUGUGUCAUCACCUAGAUGUCAAACUCCACAAAAACAGACAAAACAAAUGUCAGUGUAAUCAUAAUUUUAUUCGCUUUCAUAUUUUUGUCAGCAGGACGUCCUGUCACAGUUAUUACACUAGCCCAUUGUUUAUAGUUAAAGAAACCCUUUAGUGAUAGAAGAAGACUGGUCUCUUGUAAUAUCCCAGAAUGGUGACACCAGGGUUGAGAUUAUGUCUUAAACUGUACAGAUUAGGGCACUCGUAUAUACUAAAUAACAUACAGCUGACAUUGAAAAUCUGGAUUCGAAAAUCAAAUUUAAUCCUGGAAAUAAAAAAAACUCUAAUAAAUUUACUUGAAAUGAUUUUUUCCCACUAAUUUUUCCUAUUGGCCAUGUUAGCUUCUUUUUAUGAAAAAGAUUUUCUUGCUUCCAUUGAAGCACACAACAUACUCUUUGGAACAUUUUCAAAUCAUGCUGUGUAAACGUAUAUACUAAUAUAAUUUACACUCACUGAGCACUUUAUUAGGAACACUAUGGUCCUAAUAAAGUGCCUGACAUGGUCUUCUGCUGUUGUAGCCCAUCUGCCUCAAGGUUUGACGUGUUGAGCAUUCUGAGAUGAUAUUCAUCUCACCACAAUUGUACAAAGCGGUUAUCUGAGUUACAGUAGCCUUUCUGUCAGCUCCAACCAGUCUGGCC